AAUUCAGGAAAUAUCCCUGAGAAUGUUAUCAAAAUCGCGAAGUUUUGUUCAGAAGAUUUGGGGCUCUGCGAGAUUGCUCCAGACUUCUGCCACAAAAUGCAGUGACAAUCUCUUUGUCCAUCGUGAUACCCCUGAGGAUAAUCCGAGCAUCCCGUUUGAGUUUACAGCGGAGAAUAAGAAACGGAUUGAAGCCAUUAUGAGUAUCUAUCCGGAAGGACACAAGAGAGCAGCGAUGAUCCCUCUGCUCGAUCUUGCUCAGCGCCAGCAUGGUUGGCUGCCCAUUUCCGCUAUGCACAAAGUCGCUGAGAUUCUCUCCUUGCCCAAUAUGCGCGUCUACGAAGUGGCCACUUUCUACACGAUGUUCCUGAGGAAGCCCACGGGAAAGUAUCACAUCCAGGUUUGCACCACAACCCCGUGCUGGCUUCGUGGAUCAGACGAAGUCCUCCAAACCUGCAUGAAGAAGCUCAAUAUUGGCGUUGGGGAAACGACCAAAGAUCAGAAAUUUACAAUUUCUGAAGUGGAAUGCCUAGGAGCCUGUGUCAAUGCCCCAAUGAUGGCCAUAAACGAUGAUUACUACGAGGAUUUAACGGUUAAGGAUACAGAAGAGAUUCUGGAGGAUUUGUCAAAGGGACGCAAACCAGUGGCUGGUCCACGAAGUGGCCGGUUUGCUUCAGAACCCAACGGAGGGUUAACAUCGCUGACUGAAGAGCCCACAGGUCCAGGAUUUGGGAUUCAAGCUGGCCUCUAGAAGACAUUAUUUAUUCGUGGCGCUUCGCAUCCAGAUUGUGAGUAGAGUUAAUGCAAAAUAUUAUGAAAUAAAUAUUGAAAUUAAACCCUAAAAA